UGGAAAAGGGAAAAACCCUCCCACAAUCCUUAAACCCUAACCAGAUUCUUUCUGCAAGUAAUUAAUUCUCCACAUCAAUUCACCCAAAAAUGGCGCAUCGAUUGGCCCGAGGAUUACGGGGAGCAGUGAAAAACCUCGUCUUUCAGCAGCAAAUCAAACCCUCGAAUCAUUUUCUCAAAUCCCCAAUCAGAAAUUACAUGUCGGAAAUGCGAAAAUCGGCUUUCGAAGGCAACAUGCUCCGCCUGAUUCGAAGCGAAAUCCAGUACGAGCUCGACCAUUCCCCUCCUUCCGAGCCUAUACCAGAGUUCAAUACAUUCAAAGUCGAUGAACUGCCAGGUCAGCAGUGGAUCCGAUUAACCAAAAAAUUCAGACAGAGCGAAGAUAUCAAAAUCGAAGUGACGAUGUUCGAUGGAGCUUUCCCCAUGAAACAAGACGAUGAUACCCCUGAGAAUAUGAAGCCCCAUAUAACUUUUAUAGUCGAUGUAUUUAAAGGUGAAGGCACUGACAUACUGGAGUUUAUUUGCUCUGCAUGGCCUGAUAGUAUCGAGAUUCGCAACGUAUUUACGCGUGGGCAUAAUCGAAUAUCAGAUUACCAUUACAUGGGUCCCGGUUUCAAGGAAUUGGAUGAUGAACUGCAGACGUCGCUCUAUGAUUACUUAGAAACGAGGGGAGUAGAUGAUAAGUUGGCUGAAUUUCUGCAUCGGUAUAUGAUAAACAAGGAUAAAAACGAGUACCUUCGUUGGAUGGAAAAGCUGAAAUCUUUCAUUGAAAAGAAAUAGAGACAAAAAAAACGAGGUAUCUUAUUUUCCUUACUAACUUCGGCUCCCUUCAACUUUGAAAUUCAUUUGUCCUUUUUCAUGGUAUUCAUGGAAUGCAAUCAUUCGGUGUUCUGUCUUAGUGCUUAUAUGUUUGUAAUGUAAGAAUAACUUACAAACCCGAGUCGAACCGAAGAAAACAUAGAAUGAAAAUUCUCCAAAUAUUUUUGCAGCCCAAUUGUUUGUGAUAUUAGAUUCUCCCUUUUUUUAUAUUUAGAAAUACUUGAAUUUGGACAAAGGAAUAUGCAACCACAUAUGUGUACUGGGUAAAACUUCACUCUCGUGCUGACUUAAAACCAUACUUAUUUCUUA